AUGGUUGCUUAUGUAGGAAUCAAUGACGGGGGAAGGGGGUGGGAGAAGGGGACAGAUGAGCCGGAGGAAUUGCUGGUACUUGUAUUCGUUUGGCACCGGGUAGCCCGCCUCAUCAGACCAUGUCCUGCUGCAUGCGAGGUCGAUAGAACAGGCUUGAGAUUAUUCACUGUGGGGGAAGGAGGGAGGUAUGAUACUCGAGUACCGUACCGAAACAGUAUCAUACGUAUCCCAUACCUGUGCUGGCAGCAGGUACUGUACUCGAGUAUCAUACAGUAUCUAUACAGUACAAGCAAAGCGCAUGGCGCUAUGGGCAUCGGACCGCGGGAUGGCCGCCAAAGCCCACCGCUGCACACCUCCUCCAGUCUUCUCCGAUAUCGCAGCUUCAUAAAAUUCCAGAAUGCAACGGACGGGACUACCGUACCAUACCGGUAUGCCAUCUACCUCAUUCCUAUACCUUCACACAACUGCACCCUAACCUUAUACUACGUUACCCUACCAUAGUUAUACCCGUGCAGAAACAAUUGGCACCGCAAACAAAUCCCGAUCAACCAGACCGCAAAGAUCUGCCAGCCCCCCCCGCGGCUCGAGAGCCUCGCGGUGGUGGCGGAACGGACAGUGUCUUUCGAAUUUAUUUCCCCAACUUCUCCGGUUCCACUCACCUUAUUUUAUUUAUAAAGCCUUAAAGGGGGUAAGGUGAAAAUGAAGUCUCCACGGUGGUAGGAGAGGGGCCGUAGUCUGCUGUUUGCGCUCGCCGAUGGUAUGCUGUGGAAUGAUAAAUGGCAAGCUCAACUAGCUCAUGCGAUCGAUGGCAUGAUGGUCAGAACGUUCUCCCCAAAGCACCACCGUGAUAACUGCCCUCCACUCCCCCGCCCCUCAAAACCAUCCACAGCCUAGCUCUGCCCCGAGAACUGCCCCGCGCACUGAACCUCAAAAAUCCAACUUCCCCAUUUCCCAAAAAAGAGCAAUUACCUCGCUUUUUUGGCUUGACCUCUUCACUAACCACUUACCACUUACCGGCACCAACUGAUGCGUUGUUUCGCUCCCACUUCGAAGUAAAAAAAGCAAGCACAGUCCCCCCGGUAUUGGCACUACCACAGAGGGAUCUAUGCGACAGGCGAGAAUGCUGUACGAGUACAGUACUGUAGGCUUGCCAGUUGGCUGGCUGGUCACCCGGCUGUUACUGCAUGUUCCUGAAACGAGUGGGUGGGAAUGAACUGUUUCUCGUAACACGGGGAAUACAAUAAGGGUAUGUAGGGUAGUGUUUUC